AUUGGAUACUUGCUAAGUUCAGCUCAGCUAUAAAUAUCAGGCAGCAGAAGUGUCAUUUCUCAUCCAACAUCCUAAUUGAGCUCGAUUCAAACCCUUCAUAUAGAAACAUGGCUACUCUUUCAAAGAUCCAAUUCUCCAUGAAUCUUCUUCUUUUCCUAGCUUUCACUCCAGUUGCUUUCUCCACAGUUCCAUCCUCUUCUGUUUCCUCCAUUGAUCAAAUCCAAUAUUGGUCCAACAAUGUCCUGAAUACCAUGCCAAACACCAUUGCCUCAAAACUUUCCCCGCUGUCCAAACAAGACUCGAAUUAUUUCACUUCCUUAGUGUCAUCAAAACAAACCAUCUCUUUUGAUCAUGCAAAAUUCUGCUCCAAGGCUAAGUUAGUCUGCUCAACAACAUCAAAUCAGACCCCCCAAAGCUUAAAUCCUAGUGGAUUUAAGAUAUAUAGUGCCAUCGCGCAAGCCUCGGAUGCGGCAGUAGCUGUCCCAAACUCUUUCUUUAGGCUCUCAAUCCUCCAAAAAGGGUACAAAUUUCAUCUUCCAGAUUUGAAUGAUCAAACCCCUUUUCGUGCUUUUCUUCCUAAUCAAAUUGCCUCAAAAAUAUCAACUACUAAUUCUAUUGAUCUACAAAAGUUGUUCCCGGAGUCAUUUACUUCAGCUAACACAAAAGAAGCCAUAGAAGCUAGCAUUCACUACUGCAGCUCACCAAGAAUAAAGGGUGAAAUCAAAUCCUGUCCAAAUUCACUUGAGGAUAUGAUAAAUUUCUCUAAGAAGAGUUUGGGUGGGAGCAAAUUAAUUGCAUUUACUAGCCAAAGCACAAAAGGGUCGAAACAAGAGGUUAAGAUUCAAAACAUAAAACAAUUCCGCGCUGAAAAAGUUGUAUCAUGUCAUGAAGUUUUCUUUCCUUUUGCUACUUACUUUUGUCAUCAGCUCUCCUCCACUCGAAUCUACUCCGUCGACCUCAUCGAUCCGGCCACGAAAGCUCCGGUAAACAAGUUAGUGGCACUAUGUCACAUGGAUACCUCCGGAUGGCCGGCAGAACACGUGGCGUUUAAGGUUUUGAAAUCCUCUCCCGGAGAUGCGGAAGCGUGUCACUGGAUCACCCAGAGGGAUCUUGUUUGGAUGGCAAAUUGAGGCUGAACUUUAAGUCUCUAAAUGUAUUGGAAAAAAUCCCUACUGGUUAUCGAAUUCUGAUCAAACUGAUCGUACGAUGAUCCAGUACUGUAGGGUUUCAUGUGUGUAAUAAUAAUCUAGUUUCCCUUGUAUGUUGUUUUGGUGUUUACUACGUAUGCACGUACGCCUAUUGUAAUUACUGUGUGGUUUGAAUCAUAUGAACUCUAUGUAUAUAUCUCUAUUUCCAGUUUGAAGUACGUCUUUUCUCUUUAUAUUGUUCUUUUUUCUUUUCUGAAAAACAUGUAUAUAUGAACCAAGACCAACUAUUUCCAGCCAUAGCGAACACAAGCCUGCAACUGAUCGG